AUGGCUAGGACUAAGAAACGAAGAAAUUCCAGCAGCAGCCGACUUAUUGAUGAACCAAUUGAUGAGCAUAUGGAAAACCAGUCUAUAAGAGUGGAAGAGCUUCAGAACAUAGAUGAUGAGACUGAUGGUGAUGUGGAGGUAAAAAAAACACGAGGGCCAACAUAUAUGACAAGUGUUUGGGGUCAGCCCACAUCGCAUCGUUAUAAAGUUAAAUUCAACAAACUUGGCAAACCAGUGGGCAAACAUAAAUCAAGAUUUACAGAGUUCUUGGGUACAAUAUCAAGAAAUGGUUCAUAUGCCCCAAUUGACGUCCAAGAUUGGCGAAAAAUUGACAAUUCUCGGAAGAAAGACAUGUUAAAGAUUGUCAAGGAAAAAUUUGAUGUCCCUCCCAGUGCAAAAAUUUGGAUUCUUCGUGCUUUGGGCAAGUAUUGGAGAAAUUGGAAGGCAUGGAUUAAAGCAACAUACUACAAGCCAAAUAUACAAGUUGAAACUCAAAUGCUCAAUUUAGAUGUGAGAGUGGUAAAAGAUCAAUAUAAAGUCAUUGCUGAUUAUUGGGAGUUAGAAGAAACAAAGAAGAAAAACUUAGGCCGCAAUCCUUCACGAGUUGAAAUGUUCAAUCACUGCUACACUGAUAACAAAGGAAACCCAUCUAGUAGUGCAGCAGCUAAUAUUAUGCUUGCAAUGAAUGACAAGGUUAGUCAAUUGCCUCCUGAUACUGAAGAUUCUAUUGGAAAAAAUGAUGUAUUUGCACAAGUAGUUGGGCAAGACAAGCAUGGGCAUGUACGGAUGUAUGGUUUUGGUAUAUGUCCAACUGAUGUGUGGGGUGAUGAACCUAGUCGAAGUGGAUCUCAGCGACUAGUGUUGGAUCAAAAACAUGAAAUAUUAGAGAUGAAGGCAAAAUUUGCUCAGCAAGAGGAACAAAUUAAAGAUCAAGCAAGAGAACUUGCUAACCUGAAAGCUUAUUUAGAGCAACAAAAUGGUCAUAACUUGCUGAAUCAAUCAAGAAUCACUUCAACAUCAUCUAAUCAUAUCUCAACCUCAAGUUCCAGUCUUAGACCUCUUAAAGAGGGAGACUGGAUUUCUCUUUUUAGCUUAGAUGAGCCAACAAAAGUUGUGGCAAUUGGACGACUUCAAUCCCUUGAUCCUUCUACAAUAGUUGGGGGCCAACCACUAGGUUCGAAUUGGUGUGAAGUACUAGUUCAAGUUGUGGUUGAACGUGAUGAGCAUUUGAUUAGGCCUUAUGUGCCUUUGCAGACAAUUGCUGAUUCAAUUGGUGCUCCUAUAGCUUGGCCAACAAAACUAGUGAAAUUAUAUGAUGCAGCACUGGUUUAG